AUGGACCCAUUUCGUUCGGACAGAGUGACCCCAGUCACUGAACUUCAAAGUCAGCUGAAUUUUUUGGGCGCCUCAACUAAUGAACAGUCAACAUUUCUAAAGGAGUCAUUGGUUUCGGAAAUCGUUUUACGGUCCAGCAACAACAUUUUAAAUUCGGUUCGGCGCAUGUCUCAUUUCUCUGAUGUGCGCCUAGGCCUAGUAGACAUUGACAGCGCAAAGUACGCGGCUGUUUGGUCGGCAGUGCUUCUUACAGACCCUUCUCAGCCGGCGGCGUCUAGGCACCAUUUACCUUGGCUGAUGGAACUGUUUGCUACAGAGUUCCCAUCUGACGCCUUUCUUAUUGAGGAAUAUGUUGCGCCACUCUUUCUUGGUAUGCGCGAACAUGACCACAUUCUUGAAAGUCUACACGUCAUGAGGGCUGUGGAUGAAAUGCCAAAGCAGAUUAAGAGACGCGCCUUGCACAACGGUAGUAUCAAGUAUCAAAUAGGCCAAGUCUUUCGACAUCGGCGCUAUGAUUACAAAGCAGUCAUUACAGGUUGGGACAUAGAGUGUGAUGCUGGUGACCAAUGGGUGAGGCAGAUGGGCAUCGACCGGUUGCAACAUGGCAGGCACCAAAGUUUCUACCAUGUUCUUGUUGAAGAUAGAAGUGUGCGGUAUGUGGCUGAGGAAAAUAUUGAUCCUAUGUCACCACCUAUCUCGGAGCUUCCAGUGUCUCUUACUUCUGCAGCGGGGAAGCACUUCAGACGAUGGGAUACAGGGGCGCGGAGAUUUGUGAGCAAUAUACGAGAUGAGUAUCCAGAUGACUGA